GAGGACGAGAGGACGAGAGGACGGGCCAGUGAGACGGGAGACAAAAGUUGAUAAAGAAGAAAAUCUUUCACCAAGUUGAGUGAAAUCUGGAGGAUUUCUUCUUUUUUGGACCCGUUUUAAUCCAUUUUUUUCAGCUGCAAACUGAGCGGAGCGAGCUCAGUGAACAGACUCACAUCAAGUCGGGUUGUUUGGUCCCGCUCGCUGCUGCCUCCGGGUCGGGUUGCCGAUAUAUCGUUUCAGCAUCAACGGCACAAUGUGCACAGUAGUCCCAGCGCAGGGCGGUCAGCGUGAGCUUUCCGAGAGACAACCCUCCAGUGAAGAUGAGACCAUGGUCCCGGUACUAACCUCCAGAAAAGCCAGCGAACUCCCCGUCAACGAAGUAGCGUGUGUCCUGCAGGCCGACCUGCAGUUGGGCCUGACCCAGGAGGAGGUGAGCAGGAGGCGAGCCUACCACGGCUGGAACGAGUUCGACAUCAGUGAAGAGGAGCCGCUAUGGAGGAAAUACAUCUCACAGUUCAAAGAUCCUCUCAUCCUGCUGCUGCUGGCGUCGGCCGUCAUCAGCGUCCUCAUGCACCAGUUUGAUGACGCCAUCAGCAUCACCGUGGCCAUUAUUAUAGUUGUGACAGUUGCUUUUGUGCAGGAGUACCGAUCUGAGAAGUCUUUAGAAGAACUCGGGAAGCUGGUGCCUCCAGAAUGUCACUGUGUCAGAGAGGGGAACCUGGAGCACCUGCUGGCCAGAGAGCUGGUUCCUGGAGACACCGUCUGUCUGUCGGUGGGAGAGAGAGUCCCGGCAGACCUCCGGCUCUUUGAGUCCACCGACUUGUCUGUGGAUGAGUCCAGCCUGACGGGGGAGACCACCCCCUGCUCCAAGUACACCUACCACCAGCUCCCCUCCACCAACGGAGACAUCGCCUCCCGCAGCAACAUCGCCUUCAUGGGGACGCUGGUGCGCUGCGGCAAAGCCAAGGGCAUCGUCAUCGGAACCGGAGAGAACUCAGAGUUCGGGGAGGUCUUCAAGAUGAUGCAAGCAGAAGAGGCUCCUAAAACACCGUUACAGAAGAGCAUGGACCUGCUGGGGAAGCAGCUCUCGCUCUACUCCUUCGGCAUCAUAGGAGUCAUCAUGCUGGUGGGCUGGCUGCAGGGGAAGAGGAUCCUGGACAUGUUCACCAUCGGUGUCAGCCUGGCAGUCGCUGCCAUCCCAGAGGGUUUACCCAUCGUGGUGACGGUGACGCUGGCGCUCGGCGUGAUGCGCAUGGUGCAGAAACGAGCCAUCGUCAAGAAGCUUCCCAUCGUCGAGACUCUGGGCUGCUGUAACGUGAUCUGUUCAGACAAGACGGGAACUCUGACCAAGAACGAGAUGACCGUCACUCAGCUGUUCACGUCAGACGGACUCCACGCUGAGGUGACAGGCGUCGGCUACAACGGAGCAGGAGAAGUUCUGCUGGACGGAGAGAUCGUCCACGGCUUCUCCUGCCCCUCCAUCAGUAAGGUGGUGGAGGUUGGAUGUGUGUGUAACGACUCGGUCAUCAGGAAUCACGCUCUGCUGGGACGACCGACGGAGGGAGCGCUCAUCUCCCUCGCCAUGAAGAUGGGGCUGGAGAGCCUGCAGCAGGAGUACGUCCGCCUGGAGGAGCAUCCGUUCACCUCGGAGCAGAAGUGGAUGGCUGUUCGAUGUGUUCACCGAACGCUGCAGGACAAACCUGGAGUUUACUUCAUGAAGGGAGCGUACGAGCAGGUGAUCCGACUCUGCAGCUCCUACAACAGCAGAGGGAGCGCACUGUCGCUCAACCACCAGCAGAGGGAGCUGUACCAGCAGCAGAUCAGCUACAUGGGCAGCGCCGGACUCAGAGUUCUGGCGUUUGCGUCCGGUGCUGAGAUGGGGAACUUGACCUUCCUGGGUCUGGUGGGCAUCAUCGACCCGCCCAGGUCAGGAGUCAAAGAGGCCGUGGGGACGCUCAUCAGCUCCGGGGUCGCCAUCAAGAUGAUCACCGGAGACUCGCAGGAGACGGCCGUGUCUAUAGCCAGUCGUCUGGGUUUGUACUCGAAAGGCUGCCAGUGUUUGUCCGGAGACGAGGUGGAUCGUCUCGACCUGCAGCAGCUUUCAAACAUCGUCUCCAGGAUAGCCGUGUUUUAUCGAGCCAGUCCCAGACACAAGCUGAAGAUCGUCAAGUCCCUCCAGAACAUCGGUGCCGUGGUCGCCAUGACGGGCGACGGGGUGAACGACGCCGUGGCUCUGAAGGCCGCGGACAUCGGCGUGGCGAUGGGUCAGACGGGCACCGACGUCUGCAAGGAGGCAGCCGACAUGAUCCUGGUGGACGACGACUUCCAGACCAUCAUGUCGGCCAUCGAGGAGGGAAAAGGAAUUUACAACAACAUCAAGAACUUUGUCCGCUUCCAGCUGAGCACGAGCAUCGCAGCUCUCACGCUCAUCUCCCUGGCAACGCUGAUGAACUUCCCCAACCCGCUGAACGCCAUGCAGAUCCUGUGGAUCAACAUCAUCAUGGACGGACCCCCUGCUCAGAGUUUGGGGGUGGAGCCUGUGGACAGUGAUGUCAUCAGGAAGCCUCCUCGUAACGUCAGAGACAGCAUCAUCACUCGCAGUCUGCUCAUCAAAGUUCUGGUGUCGGCGCUCAUCAUCGUCUGCGGGACGCUGUUCGUCUUCUGGAGAGAGUUGCAGGACAACGUGAUCACUCCUCGAGACACCACCAUGACCUUCACCUGCUUCGUCUUCUUCGACAUGUUCAACGCUCUGAGCUCUCGCUCGCAGACCCGUAUGGUUCAUGAGAUGGGUCUGUGCAGCAACAGGACGUUCUGUUACGCUGUCCUGGCCUCCAUCAUGGGUCAGCUCCUCGUCAUCUACUUCCCUCCUCUGCAGAACGUCUUCCAGACGGAGAGCCUCAGCCUCUUCGACCUGCUGUUCCUGGUCACGCUCACCUCCUCGGUGUGUGUGGUGUCUGAAGCCAUCAAGAUGGUGGAGAGGUGGAGGGGCGUGGAGAAAAGCCCGCCUGCCGACUGCUUCCACGAGGUAUGACCUCCCCGACCGACCGCAGGACUCUGAGGUUUGGAGGGAGACGAGGAGGACGAGUGUGAUGGGUUUAUUAUCUCACAACCGAUGGCACUGACUCAUUUAGACUGCAAGGACUUGUGGGAUUUUCCUGUGAGCUCCUCAGGAGGGAGGAGAAACUCUGGUCUGGGACUAGAGGAAGCUCCCGGCCUCGUGGGGACGGAGGGGGACGACUGGACUCUGAUUAUACUGGGAGGACAAGAUGGCUGCUGGGAGAUCUGACCCCGUCCGAGGGCCGAACCACAGCAGCCGAAGCUUCGGUGAAACCGGCUCCAGUCGGCUCCUCGUUGAUUCAGACGUCCUCUGAGAAGAGACGUGUAGAGUCUUUUUAAUCUGUCGUGUAGAAGGUGUUGACCACUGUUCAGCUUUUCAUGGUCGGAUGCGGUAACUUGUUUUGACUCCUUUAUCGAUGGUGGAGGUGUAACGUGCUGGUUUAAAGCACAGCAGGGAAACAAAAUGUUUGAUUUCUUUUAAUUUAUUUGUCAAAAGUUAACAGUUAACGAGGCUCGUGGGUCCUGAUGUCGCUGCAGACAUGAAGAACUGAAGCGUUUUACAUGAUGUCAUUUAAAGACAACAGAGGCGGUCUGGUCAGUGUGGGUUCAGAACUUUACUCAAACAUUUAGACAAUAUAAGGCUUUAAUCUUUUGUACUGCGGGAGUCUGUGGCUGCCAAAAUCAAAGUCAAAUCAUUUAAUCAAAUAAAAAUAAUAAUGUGUGAAAGUUUAAGUUUCUUUUUCAUGCUCAGUUUCAUCAGAAUGGACUGAUGUCACUAACAGUCGAUCCUCAGAGCGUCUUCUGACCGCGAUUUAAUUAAAAACAGUGAAACAUUUAAUCUGAAGCUUCGAGGGCUGAAAUAUAAAUCAGGGUGUUUUUCAUAUUGAAGGUUCACAUUCAACACAAACAGCUAACUGCUGCAAAUUGUAGCUGUGUUAGCUAGCUAGCUCAGUUAGCCGUGCAGCUAGCAGGCUGGACUGACAGUUUGGAGAAACAUUUCUGACGUGACAUGAAAAUUGUUGUUUCAUCUGUUGAACAUUUGAGGUGAUUGUUAAGUGAUUCUCACAUAUAGUAGCUUCAAAGUUUGAUUUCAAAAGUCCAGUUUGUAUUUAAAUGUUUCUGAUUUAGUUAAACUAAAGUUAAAAAGUCGAUUGCUCACGUUACAUUUCACUUUUCUUGACUGCGAUCAAACAGAUCGUGUCAAACUUUUUACGAGUGUUGCAACUGAAACACUUUUUAGUUUAAUUCUUAACUUCGAGAAAAAUAAACAUGUUAACUUUGAUAAAAACCUGUUUACCUUUAAUGAGAUCAGGAACUAUCUGAUCAGAGAGCAAGUGAACAGGAUCAAUAAUCUGACAGCAGCCUCUUCCUGCACCGCCUUUUUAUUCCUGUUUACUAAAGCGGUGAUGCUAACGUUAGCCUUUAGCUGUGCUAUCCUGACUAGCAUGAACUGGCAGUUUUCAUCUCAGGUUACUUUCACACCUGACCUGUUGCAUGAUUUGUAAUUUUAUAAAACUAGUAAUUUGAAAACUUUUUGGAUCUCCAGAUGUUCAGUUUGAGCACAAAACGGACCUGAAAGGAAACGGUGGAACUUUUGUCUUUACUCUGGAGCCGCUGAACCAAACCACAGUAACAAAGUUACUGAAUAUUUGAUCCAAACUGAAACAAACCUGGUUUUGAUUUUAGCAGUUCAGGAGGGAUAAAUGUGCGUUACACCUCCACCGUCCUGACGUGUUCCUGUGAUCCAUGUGUUAGUUUCAUGCUUCUUCCUGCACACACUGGUUUAUUUAAAUUAAAAGGAACUUUUGAUUUGUACAGCUGAUGACUUCAUAUUUAAGCUCCUUCACCUUGUACAGAAAAACAGUCGGACAUCUGAUGCUAAACGUGGAAUUAGGCCUCGGAAACCACCGUUACCACAACAGUGCCGAUGGACGCGGUCGCUUCAAGGUAACGACGCAGAAACUUUAGUGACGCCGCUUUCUCAUCCUGUGCCUUAGAGAAGUCAUCCAUAGUUAGAUUUUCUCCUCCUCAGUGGACAGAAGCCCUUUACUGACGAGCAGCUUCAGCACUUAAAUGAUUUGAAGAUGAAUCACGCCGAAUAUUAAGGUCAUUGUUUCUGUUGAUUUUCUCACCCUCAUGUAAUCAGUGAAGAGGUGUCUUGGUGCUUUCUGGGAAACGUAGUUGAUUUGGUGAUCUCGUUGUUGAAAGUUUUAUUUGUAGUUGUUGUUUUUCUUCUUUCCCAAAAGGAAUCGGCCUCACAGCUGUCGGCUGAACAACGUCUGGUCCCUCUGCUGUCGUCUUUCCUCAAAUCAAAUCAUUUUAGUACUUCAUACUGUGACCGAAAACAAUACGAUUGAUCACAAUAUGAAAUGAAGAUGAUUGAUCUGGUGGAGAAACAACAGCAGAGUUCAGGUUGUCUUGGUUGCUGAUGUCAGUAAAAAGCUUUAACGAUGAAACAGUCGAAUUUUAUUUCUGAAUGAGCGAAAACAACAAGAAAAGUUAUUAAAGGAAAUUUUCUGUUUGUA